AUGGCUUUUAAUAGUGAUGAAGUGAAUUUGCUUGUUUAUAGAUAUUUGGAAGAAUCUGGGUUUCGUCAUUCCGCAUUCACAUUUGGUUACGAAUCAAGUGUUUUGAAUGCCGGCCUUGACAGUAUGUCAAUUCCUCGAGGAGCAUUAAUGUCUUUACUUCAAAAAGGCGUUCUGUUCUCCGAAGCAGAAGUAUUUUCCUUAUUAACAGAUGGAGAAAUAGAUGCGCGUUUCGAGAAGGCAAUUGGUUGCAUGACAAUACUUGAGUGCGGUAAGAGGACAUUAAAAAUUGGAUUUAUAUAAUUAAACUCUCAGUCAGAUUUCGUUUUAAACCCAAUUUUGAAUUUAUUUUUGAUUUGUUGGGCAUUGGUGUUGAGGGAGGCUACUUAUGAGAUACUAUCUUUUAAGGGUGUAUCUAUAGAUGUGGUCCGACUGUAUUUAAAUUAUUUAAAAAAAUUUU